AUGCGAGCAGUAUCACCCAAGAUCAACCGUGCGACGGGGAAGAAAGGAACAAAUCCGGGUCAGGUACAAGUCAUUCCUCGUAUUUUGCCAUCCUUGUCUCUUCAGGCCAUCUCGUUGACCGAGGGGAAGGGGCAGCUGAACACCGACGUCAGAGGGCGGACCAGCGCAUCCCGCCAUAGGGGCAUUAGCGGCGCGGCUCCUGCAAUAGCGCGGCAGAUGUGA